GUCAACAAAGUUCUGCAAUAUUUUCAGGGUGAUUAACAAAAUUUUUGUAAAUAUCUGUGAAAGGUGGCAAAAAGAAUAAAAAUAUAAAAAAUGUGAUGAAUAUUUUUCUAAUAUGCUCCUGAAGUUCUUAAUUAUAAUUGGGCUAGUAUUUUUACUAGCAUACUGGAUACUACCUAAGGGAAUUAGUUGGUAUCUAGUAAAAAAGUUUAAGGUAAAAGUGCGAAUAGGCGGCAUUAGCUUACGUUAUUUAGCGCUGCGAAAUGUAGACGUUAGUAAAAGCGGAUUCAUGGUCCAAAUUGAAGAAAUUUGUCUUCGCAGCAGCUUCUUUAACACAGAAGUGACAAAGUUACUCUCAAUCUAUAUACGUGAUAUACGCAUAAACAAAGAUAUACAGAGCAAUGACGUUACCUUGGGAGCACUACGAGAUUCUGAACGACCAAAUGGCAAAUCUCAGGAAGAAGAAAAAGAUGUGCCCGAUUUCCGCCGAGCUAAAGUUCCGCCAAGUAUACUUACUUUUGCACAGUUUAUGGCUAUGCACAUAAACAACAUUUCUGUAGUGCUUAUGAAUAACAAUUUUGACCCGGGAUGGUUUAUUCAUGCUACAGCGAGAGAACUGCAUCUGGAUGGAAGUAUUGUUCACAACGCUAAAACUUUGUUAGUUAAUGCAGCUCUAAAUGAUGCCCAGGCGAAAAUGUUACGGCAUUGUCCAUCCCGCCGACAGUCAUUGGAGAAUCUAAAUAAGAUACGUCCUUGCUUGGGCGAGAUUAGUUUUGAUAUUGCCUUGGAUGCCACGUUAUUUGCUCAUGGACCUCUAUCUGUAGAUAAACUUUCUUUGGCUAUGAACAAUGCGCGUUCCACAAUACACGGUAGUUUGUACGACUUCUUAAGCGAAGCAAAGCAACGUACAAGGCCACAACAAAAUUUAGAAAGCCGCGUUAGAAGUACUGCCAAUUCACUUACGCAGCGUCGAAAGAGUUUUAGUAAUGAGUCUUAUCAGAAGAUUUCGCCCAUAAUACCGAAGAAUUUUAAUUUUGUGAUCAAAGCAGCAACUUUUUCAGCUGUGAAAGAAAAUUCCCAAAAUGACUUUAGUGCAAAAAUACAAUUGUUUAGUAUUACUGGAAAAUUCAAUUCCAAAUCACUAAAUGAGAAUGCACAUCUCCCAACGCUAUUUACCAAAGUCUUACUACAGCACUUGGACAUUGAUACCAAAUAUGAAAAGCUACUGUUUAUUGAGCAAUUCACCAUUGAUUCAGUAUUGGAAAACGAUAUCCUAAACCUAUAUGUGAAGCUUAAAACAUUCCAAAUUAUUUACAACCACUGUGAGAUAUAUGAUUGGGUGCAUAACAACUUUUUGUCGCGCCACCGAACCAGUCCACAGCCCUUGCAUCUAAAUCAUAAACAACUUUCGUUGCCGGAACACUUAGGUGCAAACACUUUUUAUACUGCACCUAAUGACGCGUUGGAUCCACACUUAAUAACAUCCAAGCAGUCGAAUAGUGGGUUACUGGAAGGCAUAUUAAAGCGCAUUGUUGUUAAAGGUUGUGCCGAAUUUUGGAACGUAUCGAUUCUAAUGAAGUUGGACGAUGAAAAUGCUGCGAUGAGCGUGAGUCAUACAAGAUUCCUACUGGAGCAAAUCGAAGAGAAGCGCAGCUCUCUUUAUGGCAAUAGACUUUUAAAUUUAAUUUUGAAUCAGCGUCAUUGGAGUACCGAGCUUAUGAUAGAGUCUCUCUGGUGGUCACUGGGAAAUUCUAUUAAUGAUACCAAUAAUUUGAAGAAAUCACAUUCUCCAGGAUCUCCAUUCUUUUUGGGGCUCAGUCUAGUCAAACUCAGUUCGUACGCAAGUGUCACAAAACUGGAGGUGUCAAUUCACACCUUACGGACCGAAUAUAGCAUGAGUCUGGCUGAGUUUAUUGUGAAAUCAGUUAACUGCAUAAAACAAUAUGGAGGUCUAAACUCUACUGGAAGUAGCAUGGGAAAUCGACCGUUGCGCGUGCAAAUACCCGGCACGACAUCAAUAUCCAGUGAGUUACUCAUCUCUGCCCGCAUCAAAGAUAUUACCGCCUAUUUUAUAAAUCACCACCAAGCCUGCUUGCUGUUGAGCUUCUCAGAUAUAUCACUUUCGCGUAAGCAGCAAGUGUCCAGUUUCAAAUUUGAGGAAUUCCAAAUGGCUAUUAUGCGUUCGAUGAAUUCUUCAUCACUUUGUCUCAAUGAUUUUACCGACAUAUUCGCUAGUUGUAAAACCAUUCGCAUUGAGCAUGAAAAAAAUGAAAACAAAGUUUCGGUAUACAUUCCUAGUAAUACAGAAGCCAUGUGGAACUCUAAUUUGCACAUGCACAUAUUGACCUUAGCCAGAGAUAUGAGAGAUUUAUAUACAGAACUGGCCUUACCGCAACGCAAUCUUGACGUAAAAUCGGAGUACGACAAAAGGCAAUGGAUUAUUGAACUAUCCGCUGAGUUGAGUACAGCUUUUGAAAUAAAGCUUUCUGAACGGCAUACAGUGCAGUGGUUUGUAGAAAAUUUGUUCUUCAGUCACAAAGAGGGAAACUUCAUAUCAGCAGAAAAUAUUUUCAUAAAAAUAGAUGAUCAACAUAUAUUUACGCUCAAAGAUAUAGAUGUACAGUCACUACCACGAUUAGAUAUGUUGACACAGGAACGUGUAAAUUACGAGACCUUUGUGUUGCCCACAAACAAAGUGUGGGUUACCACAAUCGGUGCUUUUAAGGCUAUCUUUCCCUAUGACCACGAUUUCUAUGACGCUGUACAAAACGAGUUCGUGACGCAUUUUAAAUGGUUGAAAUUGGUACACAACUAUAAGAAAAAACCAUUUACAGCUAGCUCGCCGUUGCCAAGUGAUAUGGUUAUACAAAUAAAAGAGUUUUUGUUGGAAAUCAGCGAUGAUCCAUUUGAAGUCAAGUUACGUGACAAUUACGUCCUGCUUGUGGAUGAAUAUCUAGAGGGUAUAAAACGUAAAGCCAUUUUCGAUAAAAAAAUCGCGGAACGUUGUCUUGUACCAGCCAGCACAAUUGAAAGUCUUUAUGCAAGUCUUGUGCAAAAAAAUUCCGAAAUAUACAUUCAACGCUCGAAAAAAAUUAGGGAAAGUGGUCCUGUGCGUACCCGGUUGCUGGCAUGGAUUAUGACCGAUGUAGAAAUAAUGGCAAUGGCAGAUCCAUCGGUGCAUGGUACUGAGAAUGUAACCCGAAUAAUGCGCGACAUAGACUGUGAGAGUCCAUGGCCAGAAGAAAAUUUGGAAUUCACCACCCUUUGGUGUCGGAGCGUAAAUAUAAGCUGUACAGAAUGGAAAUUUAUGUUACGAGAUUUUCCGCAGCCAAUGUUUUACGUUAAAUCAAUGCGUCUGUUUGGUACUUUAUGCGGUGCUGAGCAAGCAGCGUCCAAACGGGCUAAGCGAGAUGUUUUCAUUGAAGUUGGCGAGCCCUUCGGCACCGAUGUGGUUCAACGAAGCAUGCCAUCAUUGAAAUUUUACCAUGAUUUCGAUUGUGAAUUGGAGUUUUGCAGCUACGCUUUUGGUCCUUGUUGGGAACCGGUUAUGGCGCAGUGUAACCUUAGUUUUGAAAAGAUUUCGGCACCAUCAAAAGAUCCUAGUCCUCCGCUGCCUUUUUGGGACAAAAUGCGUUUACUUUUUCAUGGUCGGCUAACAAUGAUUGUUAAGCAAUUUACGGUUUUAUUGCAUGCCUCCCUGGAUCCCUACAAUACCACUGAGGAAAUGGAGUUGACAUGGAACAAUGCCGGAAUUGUGUGGACAAAUGCGAAAAUCAUGUUCAAAGGCGAAUUAAAUAUUACAGUACGUACAGCUUCGCGUUACGAUGAUUGUCGUCUAUUGCAUUUUCCCAACUUGAAACUGACAUUUAAGCUGAACUGGGUUUGUCUGGCAAAUCCAAACGACCAUCACGCAGUUAUGCCUUGCGCGCCCGAUAAGUUGCCUGAGUAUUCCAGUAAUCAAGUGCAUGACUCCUUCCGUGCCUUCCGUUCACUUAACUUAAAUAUUUGGAUCUCGUUUGAAACCAAACCAAAACUUGGUGAGGAGGUGGAAAUCGACAUUCCCAGCUUGGUUCUAUACGGCAGCACCCUGCGUUGGUUCGAGAGCCUUAAGUUGAUUCUUUCAGGUGUUACUCGUCCAACGCGACGCGGCCCGGUAUUUAAUAAUGUGCGACCACGCAAGAAGCAGCUCAGUCGGCAUUACAAGAAGGCAAAUCUCCAAAUGAGUUUACAUCGAUUUCAAGUACUUUACUGGAUGUCUCACGCCUUGCAUAAGGGUUUCCAAUUAAAUGGUGGUCGGGUGUCGUUUAGCUCGGAGUAUUGUUUAUCGUUAAGUCCCAUCGACGAUGGACUAAUUCAUAGACCGCGUGCUGACUGGUCCACAGUGUACAUGAAUUGUGAAUUGAACGACGCUGAGAUUUGGUUGAAAAGCAUACUCACCGAAAAAUUAGAUAGCAGUUCAGAAAAUUUGGCAAGUGUUGCGGAUGCCUUCAAAAUAGUGAGAUUCUAUUUCUUAAGUGUGGCGAAAGUUUCGUAUGGUAGAGAGGCGCUUAUUCCAACCGGGAACAGUCAAGAGGAAGAGACAAAAACCAAAAAUACAACACCCACUCAUAAACUGGUCGUUUAUGACCUUAAAGGAGCGUGGACGAAAAAUAAUCGGGAUGUCGCUUUUGCUCUCUUUGAUUCAUUCAUGAAGUCUCAAAAGUUGAAGAACAAUUUGUCGACGGAAGCAGUGAAAAGCUAUCGAAAAGAGACAAAUUCCAAUGUUAUGAAAAACAAACGCAGCGAUAGCACAAUAACUCUAACAAAUAAUCCAACGGAAGUGCUACCAAUAACGAACUCCAAUAGCGCUAUCAAGAAGGUGCAACCUGCUAGCCAUGCAACUGCGAUGUUGCAGCAACUAAUAGCUGAAGCCGAUCAUAAAUUCAACGUGUAUAGCGAUGACCAAAGCACACAGUCGCGAGAAUUACAGUUACAGGGCUUGCAGGCCUGCUCCGCCCAAGAUGUGAUACACGAAAAUUGGUCAAUAUCAUUGGUCAAUUCACAAGUGCUACUUAAGGGUUGUGAAACGUCUGGUUAUGUGAUUAUUAGUGCUGCUAAAGCCGAGAUUUUACAACGUGUUCAUAGGCCAGUGUGGCGUGACAGAUCGCUUGUGUCAAAAACGACUUGGAAGGGACUGCUCGAAUGCAUGCAGUACUAUGCCACAGUUAGCGCUGGUGAAGAUGACUCGCUCAUUGAAAAAGAGAUCAUGUGGCUUACUGUGGAUAACAUUCAGGAUAAAGACGAUACUGUGAUUAAUGAUUUACCAGACAUUCCACACCUUGUGGGUAGUGGCCGAAGUGUGGGUGGAGUUGUCUCUGAGACAGUGGGUGCAUUGUCCAUUGAAAAUCCGGGAGAAACUCAGCCUGUACAGCUGCAGCGCAUUGUGUCUCGUUGUAAAUGUGAAUUCUUUUAUGUCAGCUAUGGCGAUACUAUAGAUCCAAAUACUAUAACUGAAGUGCCGCCGCCGCCAUCAGAGGAAACAUUAUCGCCUUGGGAAAAACAAGAUGACCCAGUGGACGCUUUUACUUUGAUGCAUCAUGACCUUGACGUCUGCACGAACUCCUUGCAAUAUGCUAUGAUUCUAGAUAUUGUUAAUAAUUUGUUACUUUUCGUGGAGCCACAGCGGAAACAAGCGCUAGAAAAAUUGGCACGCAUGCGUUUUCAAUUGCAACUUCACUCUACGGAGGAUCAAAAACGGCCUAUUCAGCAAAAACAAACCAUGAUACGUAGUCUGCUAAUGAAAAUCCGAUCGUUGGAGAAGGAUAUACAUCUAAUAGGUAAGGAUCGUGCCGAGGAGGGUGAUACGCUGGAGUUGAGACAGGAAUUCGAACGCGUGCAAUUGCAAAUCCGCGAGAGCAAAGAGGAACUGAACACAUUGAGUGAGGAGCUCGAUAUGAUGUUAUUAUGUUAUAAGGAAACCCAGCUUUCUCAGCUUAGCAAAAUAUCGAAUGUACGUUCCGACAAGUCCCUAACUAUUGUACGUGCAAAUGAAAUUUGUUUCAAACGUGCGCAGUGGAGGCUUACAGAAACUGAUGGUCAAAUCGGCAUAUCUGACUUGGUACUCAGUGGCUUUUUGUAUACAAAAAAAUCAAAGAGUGAUGAUUCUGUGGAGCAUUUGCUGGAAUUGGGCAAUAUCCGUAUGAGCAAUUUGAUUCCGCGUGAGAUUUAUCGUGAGGUGUUAAUGCCAACAGAAAUCCAGAAAGAUAUGCCAAUCGAUACACAUAAACGUGUGCUGAGAGUUUUUUGCCGCGAGAAACCACCAGUGGGCGGUAUUUCUGUCAAGGAGCAUUUUGAAAUUAAUGUAGCGCCCAUCACUAUCGCUAUCACAAAAAAAUUCUACAGCACAAUGUUGAAGUUUUGCUUUCCCGAUCGCGACGCUUCCGAAACAGAAACUGUUGAUGACAUUGAAGAGAAUUCUUCGAGUUCUUCCUCGUCGUCUGCAGCACAAACGAAGUCUUCAAAGAAACCAUCGAAAACAAAAAAGAGUUCCAAAGAUUCCGAAUUCUAUGUGAAAAUUGAAAAAGAUGAUGUAGAGAAAAUGAAGGAGCGUGCCGAGAAGAAUAAAUUAUUUAUUUAUAUAAAAAUACCUGAAGUGCCUGUUCGUGUAAGUUACAAAGGAAACAAGGAGAAAAAUCUUGAGGAUAUUACAGACUUUUCGCUAGUUAUACCAACACUUGAGUACCAUAAUGUUACUUGGACUUGGCUAGACUUGCUAUUAGCCAUGAAAUCAGUAAGCCGGCGGGUGAUCUUAUCGCAAGCAAUUAAACAAAAAUUGCAAAUACACAGACGUCAGCCAGGUACGUCGACUGGCGAACGUUCGUCGCCGCAGGAAGAAGACAAAGCAAAAAUGUUGUUUGGAAAUCGCUUGCUGAGCGAGAAUCGCAGCCAAAGAAGAGGGGUUUUUAAAUUCACCUCGAGUAAUAAGUGAUAGGAAGAGAUUACUAUGCAAUUUUAGUGCUGAAUUUAUACAUAUCCCCAUACAUUGGGGUGCAUCACUCUCCAUAUAAAAAAAUCGGUAGUGUUGUUUCAUCGGAAUUAUAAAAUUGAGAUGAACCGAUUUGAAUGUACAUCCAAAAAACCCAUUAUUUGAUUCCGUUGGUAAAAUUUUUCAACAUUUUUAAGCAACCUUUUUGCAACUUUUAAGGUCUUAAACUCUAUGCUAUUAUCUCAGGUUAUUUUUUGCGAAAAAUAUUUUUAAAACUCAUUGUAUUUAUAAAAAAAUUCGACUUUCAGAGGUGUUUCCAAAUUGGUUCUGCUCAUGUAAAUCUUAAUAUUUUUCCGAAACAUUUUGGCGGAAAUCUAAGAAUAUAAUAAAUUUUAUAAUUCCAGUCGAAACGCCGCAACUUAUCCUAAUAUGAUCUAGUUGAUUCCAUCAAUGAUUAUCAAGUGCAGUAAAAUGCAACGCUUUUAUUUAUUGUAGUUUUAAUAAUGUGAAUUGGGGUUUGUUUAACACAGAUACAAUUUAAAUUAAUUAAUUUUACACAACAUUAUUAUGCUAGUACGAACGAGUGUACCAUAUCCUUUAAAGCUACUAUAAUUACUAAUGUAUUAGCACACUUUAUGCAAUAUAUAUUACCCUUUCACAAAAAAAACAACUUAAAAACGAAGUAAUAUAAUGCUAUGAAGGCAUGUAAAAUAUACUGACAGACGACAUGUCUAUUUAAUGUUAUCUAAGUAUGUACGCUUUGUGUAAUAUUUAAUUUAACAUUUUAAGAGGCAUUACAGUAAAAUUGCUUUAGAAUUACUAAACUUCAAUAACGUCUAUAUUUUUACAAAUUUCUUCAAGGAUGAAUAUGUUCCAACUUUUUUGGGAAUAUCAAACUCUCUGUUUGGUACAAAUAUCUAAACUCCUCAACUUCGGCAUUUUGAAACUAUUUAUCCAAAAUAUUCAGCAGCCAUACCUUUGGGCUGAACACUCAUCAUUACACUGUAAUCGAAGUUUAUUUAAGCUGCUGCUUUAGUGGUGGCUGCAAUAUAUAAAAAGAUAAAUUGAAAUUAUGAAAUUAACAAUAAAUGAAAAAAACCUGUGGGUAUUACUAAAAUA